CUCACACCAUUGCAGCAAAGCAAAAGCCUCUCAAGAAAACAGCACAAAGAACCAGCUGAUCAGCUCUCCUACCCGAGAGGAGAUCGAUCGAUCGAUCGAAGCAUCCAUCCAUUUCCAUCCAAGAACAAGCAGAGGCAAUGAGGCCAGGAGCAGGGUUCAACGCGACGGCGGUGGCGGCGGCGAAGGCGGCCGUGGUGGCCCCCGUGGCCGCCGGCGGCGCGGCGGCGCAUUCCGCGUGGCACUCCCCGGUGCCGUACCUCUUCGGCGGCCUCGCCGCCAUGCUCGGGCUCAUCGCGUUCGCGCUCCUCAUCCUCGCCUGCUCGUACUGGAAGCUCUCCGGCUACCUGGAGGGUGGCGCCGGCGGCCGUGGCGGCAACGACGACGGCGGCGCCCCCGCCGACGGCGCGAAGCCGGCAGCGUCGGAGCUGCCGCCGCCGAUAUGGGAGGAGAAGAUACUGGUGAUCAUGGCCGGCGACGUGAAGCCGACUUACCUGGCCACGCCCAUGUCGAGCAGGGCCUCCUCCUUCGGCGACCGGAGCAGCAGCAACGGCGAUCAGGCCGACGACGAGAAGAAGAAGGUGCAGGAGGUCGCCAUGGGUAGCCUCGUCAAGGAUGGUGAGAAUGGUGAGCACAGUGAGAGCCAGAGAGACAGAGAUGAGCACCACAUCCCUGAGGUGUGAUGUGUUUUGUUUCCAUUUCUUUUUCUUAUGUAGUUUUUAGGUCUAUUUUGAUGCCUCGUUGAGAUGAUCUCAUGAUCGUCAGAGAUUCAGAGUUGCUUGUGAUUGUUGUGGAACACAGAACGCACAGCAAUUUUGUUUUGGUUCCCUCGAGAAAAGCUGGAGUUCUUUGUUGCCGCCAAAUAGAACAGAGCAGAAUUGGAUAACCACACCUCCUCAUCAAGGUCCAAUUUUGUGGGGGUUAUCUGUAAUUCUUGCAAUGACAAACGAUCAUAAAUGAUAACCGUUGCCAUGAGAAAAACAGCAACCAAGAUCAUAGUUUUGUAGAGAAUUAAUACAUUUGUAACUUUUUGCCACGAUGACAAGGGCAGCUUUUGCUAAUUAAGCCUUUUGUUUCUUGAGAAAA